AUGGACUUGUCGCCUGUGCAUCCUGGACCAGCCGCAGAUAAGAUAUUAGUGAUACAGGACGACCAUAGGUCCGCCUAUGUAUGGGAGGGACAUCUAUUGGAUCAGACUCUCCGCGCUAGGAGACCAGAUGACUUGUGGAACUUUUUGAGGGAGAGAGAUUUCCAUGCCCGCGUAGUCCAUCCCCUGCGUGCUACGAGCUUCCUAAGGAUUUAUGAGAUUGGGCGGAUGAAGCUCGACUGGUCUCUCAUCACGACGUUGAUAGAGCGGUGGCGACCGAAGACACACACUUUUCACCUGCCCACUAGAGAGGCCACUAUCAUGCUUCAGGAUAUUCAGGUUUUAUAUGGGCUGCGUGUAGAUGGACUGGCCGUUGCACUGCCCCAAUAUAUGAUAGCUAUGACGCGUUCCCAUUAUUUAGAUUUGCUAGGGCAGUAUACUGGUUUCAGACCACAGGGUGAGGCUGCACUUAGAGGGGGCAGUCGCAUUUCUGUGACGACUAUCAGAGAGUAUAUGGAGGUAUUGCACCCCGACAUUACCGGCGAGACAGAGGAUAUCCAUAUUGACUGGUACACGAGGUUGGCGUUGUUCUUUCUUUUUGGGGGUGUAUUGUUCCCAAAUACUUCGGAAAAUCUAGUGAGUCUGUGCUUUCUGCAUCAUCUGCAACAGCUAGAUGAGUUACCCCAGUACACCUGGGGUGCAACUGUUCUAGCAUACCUGUACAGGAGUUUGGGCAUGGCAGCAGAUCUUGCCGUUGCAGCCACCUCUACCACCACUAGAGUCGGGUGUAGAACCUCUGUUUCUCCCUCUAGCUACGAGUAUUAUUUGAUAGUUCAUUUGGACGCCAUACAACGACGAGUUGCUAGCUCAUCUGCCCGAUUAUUGCUCGGUCGACCGACUGCUUUGGAGCACUUCCGUCCUGAUGAUGUGCCUCGAUAUGGUGGAUCAUCAUGA